AUGCUAAGGUUAGUGUCUUCUCAAACAUGCCGGUAUAGCUCAAGAAGGUUAUUAAAAACAUCUUUACUUAAAAAUGCAUCUACUGUCAAAAUUGCCAGAAGAGGACUAGCCACUACUGGUACUGAUAAUUUUCUAUCAACGUCAAAUGCUACCUAUAUCGAUGAAAUGUACCAAGCUUGGCAAAAAGAUCCUUCUUCAGUCCAUGUCUCAUGGGACGCAUAUUUUAAGAAUAUGUCCAACCCAAAGGUUCCUGCUACAAGCGCUUUUCAGGCUCCUCCUAGUAUUAGUAACUUUCCUCAAGGUACCGAGGCAGCUCCAUUAGGGACCGCGAUGACUGGCUCUGUAGAUGAAAAUGUCUCCAUACAUUUGAAAGUGCAAUUGCUAUGUAGAGCUUAUCAAGUGAGAGGUCAUUUAAAAGCUCAUAUAGAUCCUCUAGGUAUCUCAUUCGGUAGUAACAAAAAUAACCCUGUUCCACCUGAAUUGACCCUAGACUACUACGGCUUUAACAAACAUGAUCUCGAUAAAGAAAUCAAUCUUGGGCCCGGUAUCCUCCCAAGAUUUGCAAGGGACGGAAAAUCUAAAAUGACUUUGAAGGAGAUUGUAGAUCACUUAGAAAAGCUGUACUGUUCCUCUUAUGGUGUGCAAUACACACACAUUCCAUCCAAGCAAAAGUGUGAAUGGUUGAGAGAGAGAAUUGAGAUUCCUGAUCCUUACCAAUAUACAGUGGACCAAAAGAGACAAAUCUUAGAUAGAUUAACAUGGGCCACUUCCUUUGAAUCAUUCUUGUCUACGAAAUUUCCAAACGAUAAGAGAUUCGGUUUAGAAGGUUUGGAAAGUGUUGUCCCAGGUAUAAAAACUUUAGUCGAUCGUGCUGUUGAGUUGGGUGUAGAGGAUGUUGUUUUGGGUAUGGCUCACCGUGGUAGAUUAAACGUUUUAUCCAACGUGGUCCGUAAACCAAAUGAAUCCAUCUUUUCUGAAUUCAAGGGUUCGAGCGCCCGCGAUGAUAUCGAAGGUUCAGGUGAUGUUAAGUACCAUUUGGGUAUGAACUACCAGAGACCAACUACCUCUGGUAAGUAUGUUAAUUUGUCGUUGGUGGCCAAUCCAUCUCACUUAGAGUCUCAAGAUCCAGUUGUUCUUGGUAGAACCAGAGCUCUGUUGCACGCUAAAAACGAUUUGAAGGAAAAAACAAAAGCCCUAGGCGUGUUGUUGCACGGUGAUGCUGCUUUUGCUGGCCAGGGUGUUGUUUAUGAAACCAUGGGUUUCUUGACCUUACCAGAAUACUCUACUGGUGGUACUAUUCAUGUUAUUACAAACAACCAAAUCGGGUUCACUACAGAUCCAAGAUUCGCAAGAUCUACACCAUAUCCCUCCGAUUUGGCCAAAGCCAUUGACGCUCCAAUCUUCCAUGUCAAUGCUAAUGACGUGGAGGCUGUGACAUUCAUCUUCAAUUUAGCUGCAGAAUGGAGACACAAAUUUCACACCGAUGCCAUCAUUGAUGUUGUUGGUUGGAGAAAACAUGGACACAACGAAACUGAUCAGCCAUCAUUUACUCAACCAUUAAUGUAUAAAAAAAUCGCUAAACAAAAGUCCGUUAUUGACGUCUAUACUGAAAAAUUGAUCAAUGAAGGCACUUUUUCCAAAAAAGAUAUUGAUGAGCACAAGAAAUGGGUAUGGGGCCUAUUUGAAGAUGCUUUCGAAAAGGCAAAGGAUUACGUCCCAUCUCAAAGAGAAUGGUUAACUGCAGCUUGGGAAGGAUUCAAAUCUCCAAAGGAAUUGGCCACUGAGAUAUUGCCACAUGAACCAACUAAUGUUCCUGAAAAUACUCUAAAGGAACUAGGUAAGGUACUCUCCUCAUGGCCUGAAGGUUUCGAAGUACACAAAAAUUUAAAAAGAAUUUUGAAAAAUAGAGGUAAAUCUAUCGAGACAGGAGAAGGUAUUGAUUGGGCCACCGGUGAAGCCUUGGCAUUUGGCACACUGGUUUUAGAUGGCCAGAAUGUGAGGGUUUCCGGUGAAGAUGUGGAAAGAGGUACAUUUUCUCAACGUCAUGCAGUCUUGCAUGAUCAACAAUCUGAAGCCAUUUACACACCGCUAAGCACUUUGAAUAAUGAAAAGGCCGAUUUCACGAUUGCAAAUUCCUCGUUGUCUGAAUAUGGUGUAAUGGGUUUUGAAUAUGGUUAUUCGUUAACCUCUCCAGAUUAUUUAGUCAUGUGGGAGGCUCAAUUCGGUGAUUUUGCGAAUACAGCGCAAGUUAUUAUUGACCAAUUUAUUGCUGGUGGUGAACAAAAAUGGAAGCAACGUUCUGGUUUAGUUCUGUCUUUGCCUCAUGGUUACGACGGUCAAGGACCAGAACAUUCAUCUGGUAGAUUAGAAAGAUUCUUGCAACUGGCCAAUGAAGACCCAAGAUAUUUCCCAUCGGAGGAAAAACUGCAAAGACAACAUCAGGAUUGUAAUUUCCAGGUCGUCUAUCCAACCACUCCAGCUAACUUAUUCCAUAUUUUAAGGAGACAACAACAUCGUCAAUUCCGUAAACCAUUAGCGUUAUUCUUCUCUAAACAACUGCUGCGUCACCCAUUGGCCAGAUCAUCUCUCUCUGAGUUCACUGAAGGAGGAUUCCAAUGGAUUAUUGAAGAUGUUGAACAUGGUAAGAGCAUUGGUACGAAAGAGGAAACGAAGAGACUAGUUUUGCUGAGUGGCCAAGUAUACACAGCUCUACAUAAAAGACGUGAAAGUCUGGGUGAUAAGACCACUGCUUUCUUAAAGAUUGAAGAGCUACACCCAUUCCCAUUUGCUCAACUACGUGAUUCGUUGAACUCUUAUCCAAACCUGGAGGAAAUUGUUUGGUGCCAAGAAGAGCCAUUGAACAUGGGUUCAUGGGCAUACACAGAACCACGCUUACACACUACAUUGAAAGAAACGGAUAAAUAUAAGGAUUUCAAGGUGAGAUACUGUGGCAGAAACCCAAGUGGUGCUGUUGCCGCCGGUAGCAAAUCGCUACAUUUGGCCGAAGAAGAUGCCUUCUUGAAAGAUGUUUUCCAACAAUCCUAA